AUCUUGUUACACCAUCUUGCUAAACGUGCUAUUUAGUUAAAACGUGAACAGCAUUCCUCUCCGCGGAAAAUUUGAAUAAACUGUUCCGGAUGCAACCAUAACAGAAUUCACUAAAAUGGCGGCUCCCUUCGGGGCGCUGGCUCACUCACGUCAUCAUACUGCGCUGCUGCUUCUCGCACACAAAGUGCCAGGGGAGCAGGCGGGCAGAUAGAGGGGUCUCAGCCAGUGCGGAGGCGGGCGGGGUGGGGGGCGUGCCCUGUUCAUCCGUGGCGCAAGAUGGCGCUGCCCUUUGGUCGUUCGCUGUGCCUGUGCCGCUGGGGAGCCAAACGAUUGGGGGUUGCCGCCGUAGAUGCCCGCAGAGGCCUCAGUUUCAAACUGGAAGAAAAGACCGCUCACAGCAGCCUGGCACUCUUCAAAGGUGACACAGGUGUCAAAUACGGCAUGGUGGGAUUGGAGCCCACAAAAUUGGCCCUGAAUGUGGAGCGCUUCCGGGAGUGGGCAGUGGUGCUGGCAGACACAGCGGUUACCAGUGGCAGGCACUACUGGGAGGUGACAGUGAAGCGCUCCCAGCAGUUCCGGAUAGGAGUGGCAGACGUGGAUAUUUCCCGGGAUAGCUGCAUCGGUGUUGACGAUCGUUCCUGGGUGUUCAUCUAUGCUCAGCGCAAGUGGCACACCAUGUUGGCCAACGAGAAAGCCCCUAUCGAGGGCAUUGGGCAGCCAGAGAAGGUGGGGCUGCUGCUGGAGUAUGAGGCCCAGAAGCUGAGUCUGGUGGAUGUGAGCCGGGUUGCUGUGGUCCACACACUACAGACAGAUUUCCGGGGUCCAGUGGUGCCUGCUUUUUCCCUUUGGGAUGGAGAGCUGCUGACCCAUUCGGGGCUUGAGGUGCCUGAAGGCCUCUAGUAUGUCCAUCACUGGAGUCCCUAAUCACGCUGUUGGCCAGCCUCCUGAUCCAAGUGUCUGAAACCUUUUUUAACUGUGCCCCAAGCAACUGCUAGCUCCCACAAUUCAGUGAUGGGUCCUCUGUGCAAUAUCUGUCAUCUUCCUCUUCCCUACUUUGUGAAAGCUAGGCAUACAGCUACCCUCUGCCCUCCCCCAGACUAUUGCCAAUUUCCUAGGCUACCAUGAAUGUACUUUCUCUGACUUGCUUCCUUCAGUCUCUCUGCCUCCCUGUGCCCAGGACUUUCUCAGACUGUAUUCAGUCCUAGGGUCUUACUUUUCAGCUUUGUUUGAAUUUAUUCAUCACUGUGCUACUUCUCCUUCCCUUUGCCCACAUGUACCCUGUUUGUUUUGGGGGCUCUACCAAAUCUCUCCAGAGUAAAUCCUUUCUACCUCUGGCUGGAGGAGUGGUGCAGUGAAUGACUUUGCCCUUUCUGUACAGCACGUACAGAGUCUGGGCUCUGGCUCCCUCAGGUAGUGCUUUACUGACUGUGUCAGAAUGAGAACAGAGCCCUCCUUGCCUAAUACCUCAGUGUUACAGACUCUCAGCCCCAGACAGCUGUAGCUCUCCUCACCCUGAGUCCAUCUGCCUUAAUUUGCACACCUCUGACACCUGGUCAGUCUGUUGCAAUCAUUGGACCAGUUACAACCAUGACCAAAGGGGAAGAGACAUGUGGCGAUUAGUACUAGAAACUUUAUUCUUGAGAAGUUCCAUCUUCAUUUCUGCUACAGUUGUAACUUCCAGAGGGAGGAGGGAGGCCUGAAGUCUUGCACAAUCCAUUUUGGGGCCUGUUCAGACCCAAGCACUUGUCCCCACUUGGAGCAGAAUACACUUAACCUAAAGCAGUAUUUGGGAUUGAAGAAAACCUAGUGGGGUGAGUAUGUAUGUGAAAUAUGUAUUCUUUGGGCUCUGUAUGACCCUGUGGUUCCAUCUUACUCUACCUUUAUGAUGGUGAUGCAGCUGGAUGGCCCUAGGGGAGAAAGAGAAGGACUGGGUCUAGCAAAAAUAAUAAUUUGUGUAAUUAAAGUUUAUUUGAGCACAAAA